AUGGGGAGUCUCGAAGCCGUUUUCAGCCGCAAGCGGCUGGACAUCGACACCCUUGAAGAACUGGAAGAGGCCUUGAUUCUCGCCGAUCUCGGGGCGCGUACUGCCGACAAGGUGUUGCGAGAAGUCAACGCCCGCGUGAAGGACAAGACGAUUGAGGCGGGGGACGGCCUGCGGGACGGGGUGAUCGACAUUCUGCGCGGCAUCAUGGCCGGAGCGAUGCCGUCGGCGGCGGAGACAAUCGGCCAGCCGCAGCCGUGGGUGCUGAUGAUGGUGGGGGUGAAUGGGGUCGGCAAAACCACCACCCUGGGUAAGCUCGCGCAUCAUUUUCACCAGCAAGGCGGCAAGUCGCUGCUGGUAGCGGCUGAUACCUUCCGCGCCGCGGCGAUUGAGCAGGCGGCGAUCUGGGGCGAGCGCGCCGGUGUCGAUGUCAUCAAGGGCCAGCCGGGCGGCGACGCCGCGGCCGUUGCCUUUGACGCGGUUCAGGCCGCCUCUGCCCGGCACAUGGACCGGGUGCUGAUCGACACCGCGGGGCGUCUGCACACCAAGGCGCCGCUGAUGGAAGAGUUGAAGAAAAUGCAGCGCGUGCUCGGGCGUGCUCUGCCCGAUGCGCCGCAUGACAUCUGGCUGGUUCUGGAUGCCACCACCGGGCAAAACGGCAUCGCCCAGGUGCGGCAGUUUCACGAGAGUCUUGGGCUUACCGGCUUGGUCCUGACCAAGCUGGACGGCACCUCGAAGGGGGGCAUUGUCAUCAACGUCGCUCAGGAAUUUCAGUUGCCAAUCCGCUACAUCGGUGUCGGUGAGGGGGUGGACGAUUUACGGCCGUUCGACGUCGCCGAAUUUACGGCGGCCCUUUUUGACAAGGCAUAG